ACGAGAAAGAGAAAGAGACAGAGAAGUAGUUGUUCUCGCUAGUAAGAAAGUGGUUCAUUGAGUUGCCUCAAAACUUUUGACUAUUAUUCAUCUCCGCAUCAAGACCGUUACUUUGUAUUUUACCACUGUGAAUAAACUCUGCCAACUCUAUACAACCAAAAACAAAUUUUAAUUUCGUGCUACAUCACAAUGCCAAGGUCAUUUUUAAUACGUAAAAGAAUGAAUCUCAGGCAGUCUAACCAGCCGUCUAACCAACAGUCUAACCAACAAGCUAACCAGCAGUCUAAUCAGCAGCCUAAGCAGCAAUCACAGUGGCGUCCAGUUACUCCACCACCAAGUCCUGAGGAUGCAAAACCAUCACCAUCAAUGUCAACAUCGUACACCUGCUCCAGUUCAUCGAAUACUUCAUCAUCAUCUGAUGUCAGUGAACACCAGAGUGUUGUGUUAAACCUUAAAGUGGGUCCAAAACCUAUGCACCAUGCAGCCAAAAAGAUUAAGUCUGAACCUAAAGUUGUUGUUACUGAGGAAAUGUACCAGCAGUCCGUUGAAACUGCUCGCAAUAGUAAAGAUGGUAGUAAUGAUGGGAUCCCAGCUACCUUUGCUCCAAGCUUCAGGUCUCUAGCACAAAAGCUGAAAAUUCCUCUUCACAUGUUUAGUUCUGUCGAUUUUGUUAAUGGCGGCCAUGGAAUAAAGAAUCCAGUACUGGCUGCUCAGCCAGUUAUUCAACCAAAUUUGGAUGAUCCGAUGAAAUGCCCAGUCUGUGAUAAACAAUUCAAUUUGUCUCGUUUGCUUAAUCGUCACCUUAAAUGCCAUUCAGACGUGAAACGAUUUUUAUGUACAUUUUGUGGCAAAGGCUUUAAUGAUACCUUUGAUCUUAAAAGGCACACCAGAACUCAUACAGGUGUUCGUCCAUACAAAUGUAAUCAUUGUGAUAAAUCAUUUACUCAAAGAUGCUCUCUCGAAUCUCAUACUCUUAAAGUCCAUGGUAUUUCGCACACAUAUGCAUACAAGGAAAGGAGGACAAAAAUAUACGUUUGCGAGGCGUGUGGAAACACUACCGAUAAACCGGAAUCACAUUAUCUCCAUCUUAAACAGAAUCAUCCUGAUUCUCCUGCUUUGGCAAAAUUUUACGACAAAAGACAUUUCAAAUUUAAUGAUACCAACUUUCCCUUUGCUGAAUGAAAAUAUCAAUUCCUCGAUCAAUUCCAUUGUUAUCAGUCUCAUCAUUUGCAUCAUCCACAAUUUUUUUAAUUUAUUGACAUUAUUUGGAUGCUAUCACCAUUUUUGCUGCAUUUUUUACGAUCUCCUUACAUUUCAAUUUUUUUAAACAAGAAAAAAUUAACCGCUGAUGACUACGAUUCUGAGUAAUCUGUUUAAUAAUUAUAAGCAAUCUAUUGAUUUUGGCUUAAAAACUGGAAACUCUAUGUAAAACAAUCAUUAAGCUAAUCUUUUCAUCUAUCCAUUCAUCUCCUCAUUGACUUUUUUGAAUUUUCAUGUUAAUUGUAAGAACAUUUGUUCAAUGCAAAAAUAUUCAAAUCAAUUUUUGAUAUGGCAAUCGAUUAUGUUGCAUUUGAACAAUCGUAAAAAUUAAAACCUGUUCUGUUAAUUGUAA